GGAGGGAGAGGAGGGAGGGAGGGAGAGAGGAAAGUAUGGGAGCGCGCCUGGCUCCAGGAGCGCGGGCGCGCGCGCAAGGCGGAAAAUGCAAGCUCCCAAAAAUAAAGAGCAAAGAUUGCAUUCAGCAGCGAGCAGCAAUGCAGAAAUAGAUGGCAGUCUCGUGUCAAACUAAAAGCCCACCGCAAAAUUGCAAACACAAACCUAAAAGGAAAGGGUCGGGGUUUGUUGUUUUCAGCAGCAGCAGAAGCAGCAGCAGCAGGAACAGCAACAUGGAUGUUUUGGCUAGUUAUAGUAUAUUCCAGGAACUGCAGCUUGUCCACGACACCGGUUACUUCUCGGCUUUGCCAUCCUUGGAAGAGAACUGGCAGCAGACAUGCCUUGAGCUGGAACGCUACCUUCAGACGGAGCCCAGGAAGAUAUCGGAGAGCUUUGGUGAUGAUUUGGACUGUUUCCUCCACACUGCCUCCGCUCAAGACACAGAAGACACCAUCCAGCAGCUGGACCCCCUCUUGUUACCUGUAGACAUGAGUCCUUGCGACAAGAAUUCCAACAUGGACGUUAUCGUCUCACGGGACAAACUCUUGUCCGAGACGUGCCUCAGCUUGCAGCCUACCAGCUCCUCCACAGAGGGCUAUACUGCCGUUAACCAGGCCCAACUCAACGCAGUGACCUCACUAACACCUCCCUCCUCCCCUGAGCUCAGUCGCCAUCUUGUAAAAACCUCACAGACUGUCUCCGCGGUGGAUGGCACAGUUACGCUGAAGUUAGUUGCAAAGAAGAGUGCCCUCAGCUCUAUAAAAGUCGGUGUGGUAGCACCGGCUAGCACAACAAAGUGUGCGCUCAGUGACAGCGAGCAAGGAGGGACAGGGGCAGAUGCUUUGCCGGAAAACAAGAAGAGGGUUCAUCGCUGUCAGUUUAAUGGGUGCCGGAAGGUUUAUACAAAGAGCUCACACUUAAAAGCGCACCAGAGGACUCACACAGGUGAGAAGCCUUACAAGUGUUCGUGGGAAGGGUGCGAGUGGCGUUUUGCACGAAGCGACGAGCUCACGCGACACUACAGGAAACACACAGGGGCAAAACCCUUCAAGUGCAACCACUGCGACAGGUGUUUUUCAAGAUCUGAUCACCUUGCCCUCCAUAUGAAGAGGCACAUCUAAAUAAUAGAUCUCUCAGCAUGGCCCAGAUGCAGACAGACCUGGGGGGAGCUGCCUGUCUCUUGCUGCCUUUCAGAGGAAGAGAACUUGAUCACCUGUACGCAAACCAUGCACUAAAUGCCGUCAUGCACCCAGCUAUACUUAAUUACAUAUGUGUCUUCUCUACACCUUGCCCAACUGGAAGGCAGAUGACACCUUAGGAGGAGGAGGAGGAGGAAAGGGGUGCAAGAAGAUGUCAGCAAAGACACGGAUGGUGCUUACAGCACUUCAGGACCGUAGGAUUUUUGUUCCCCGUUUAUUGCCAAUGGAAAUGAGAGCAAAUGGGAGAGGAUUCCCUGCCGCUGUGAACAGCAGUAAGAGAAGGAAAUGUAACUUGCUUCUCGAUGCAACUUGGAUGACAGUGGAUGGAGAACAUGACUUUUGGAGUUGCAUAUUUGUAGCACUAACUUUUCUUUUUAAAUGGAUUUUGGAGGGGAAACUAAUGACCUAGAAAAACCAAAUCCCAGUUUGGUAGCCAAAACGUUAAUGUCUUGGUUCCUUUCUGUUUUUGUUUUCGAGACUCCCUUAUGUACAACGAUGCAUCAAGGCUCCUCACAGACACUUUGACCUGCUCUGAUUAUGGUGGUUCUUUAUAGAACUGAGCUGUCAAGAUCCCUUCAAGUCAAUACCAAUGGCCUUAAAUUGGCAGUAGACUGUGCAGUGACACCUGGGACACGCCUACUUUUUUCGCUUGAGGUGGUAUAGACUUCGUCAAGGAUAUUUUCUUUUGUUUUGGCUUUGCUUUUCGUUCCUUAAAUUUUGACGUUUUGUUAUUGCACAUUAUGUGCACUAGGGGACUGUGAAAACUACUGAUGUUACUUCACAGUGGUUGGCCAGCAAUGUCCCUGAGCAGCACCACAGUAUAUCUUUGGAGCCUUCACCACAUUGCCAUAGUUCGGACUUUCUAUUUAAUUGCCUAAUGAAAACUUGAACAACAGCUUCUCUGGAAGCUUUGAACCUUUUUCUCCAUGUUCAUCAGAACUCAUUUACUCACCUGGAUAUCUGUCUUGGAUUCUGUCACUCAGGCAUGACUUCAGAUUUUCCUUCUGCUCCGUGGGGAGCACGCUUGCUGCAACCCACGAUGAUUGGUUAGCAGCUCAGGCCGCUUUUGACCCUUUGACCCAGUCAAAAGCCUGGUUACUGAUUUGUGUGUCAGGCACCUGCAAAAAGAUAUAUUUUGGGUUGAGCAGAUUUGUAGAAAUAGGAUGAUCAUCAUGAAUGGAAAAGUGAGAACCUCUUCCGGUUAAAAUAACCCCACGCAGCAUUUUUGCUCUGAAGAUGAAACCUACUUAAGGUUCUCCUUUCCCAUUUAUCAAGGUGAUGUGACUUCCCCAUUCUUCUGACAUGAUAAGGUUAAAUGAAAGGGAUUGGCCUUUUGGUGAGCACUGACUUCCUACCAAAUGACAAGUUUAAGCAAAAAUAACAAAUAGAAAACACAUGGGUCCACACUGACCAAUGGUUGAACCAUUUAGUGAUCAAUGGAGGUAUCAGGCUCACCUUUUGAAUCUUGUAGAUAAUUUGAUGGUUGUGACUCAAAGUGGAUUAAUUUCCCUGUACUUUACACACACACAUACACACCCUAUUCUAUAUAUACAUGAUGUCUACUUCUAGUUAGUUGGAGCUGGCACUGAUUCCAAAGACUGCCUUUUCAAACUAUCUCUCAUGCAGGUGGAGAGUUAGUCAUUGGGAAUGGUUGUGUAUAGUUAAUAAUGCAGGACCACCCGUGCAAGAUGUGCCGAGAAAUGAAAUGGGCAUGUUGAUUCUCCCUUGGUUGCUGCUCUUCCACUCUCUAAACUAGCUCACUGCCCAACCUUUUGACUGUUUUUUUGACUUGCCGACUGUUCAGUAAUUUCCUAAUUUAUGUUUAGGAUGCAAAAACUUUAAAAGUUCUUUUUUAUAUACAGAAUAUCUAAAAUUGUAUAAUGUAAGUACAGACACAGGGAUUCUUAGCACUUGGCCUUCUUGGCUUUCUUUCCAUCUUUGAUUUCGUCAGACUUAACUGAGUUUUCAAAUAAUACUCUCUUUGCAUCGGAGUUCUUUCAGGCGCUGUGGCUGUCAGUGCUGAUACAAGGCCCAGCCCUUUAACAGUGGGAUGUGAAAAGGACCAAAAUCUAACCAUCUGUGUGAGGGCAAAGAACGAGAGCAUUUAAGGAUGAGGGAGGAGAGAUCUAAGUUUUAUUCCAAAGAUUUAUGGUUAGCUAUGAUUUAGAAAAUAUUGGAGCACUGCUUGCUGACAAUCUUGUAGUUCUCUGUAUCUGUGUUCACAUAUUUUCUAUUCCACCCAGGGGUUGAGUGGGCAUUUGAGAGCCUUGUAGCUCGUUAUUUGAAUAUUGUAUGGCAGUUUUAGACUAUCAGCUGAGGUGGAUGACGGAACAUCCAGACAGUGUGUUAGCUGAAAAAUCUAUACUGUCCAAGAAAUUAUUCUUGUAGCAUCCUACAUAAUCUGCACACAUAUCUGUCAUCACAGUAAUCAUUGGGUACCAAUAUCCAUGAAUGUCGUCAUCUGAAAUGUUGUUAAAUCCUAUUGCCUCUAGAAUUCUUAGAGAUCAUCUAUAAGACUUGGUGACAAAUUUAAUAUAAGCCUGUAUUUUAAAUAAUUCAAUGUGGGUGGGAGGGGGGAAAUAAGGGUAUGGAAAAGAACAAUGUUGAUUUACUUCCCCAGUGUCAUUUGUGGUCUCGCUUAACAUCUCUGCUUCAGAAUGUGAAAUCUUCAAUGCCUGCCCUUUUGCAGCAGAUCAGAACCCUAAACUGGUCCCCCUGUCUAAUGGCUUCACAAAGUUAGUGGUCUGAAAAAGCACACCCAUUGGAAAGUAUGACCUCCUUGAAAUAAAUAAGAUGUGCUUCUGAGUAAAUAUGUAAAGCCAGCCCAAGUGUUGAGCGAGGAAGAAA